AUCAUAAAACCUGAAACCAAUUCUUUUUUCGUUUUCACAUUUCUCUCAGAUUUUUUGUUGUCCUUCUUAUCUUCUUCUUCUUUGGUUUCACAUUUUGAAGAAGCUUGUGGAGGUUAAAACACACAACAUUCUUUACAUCUCCAGAUCCAAUCUCACUUUAUAGAUUCAAGACACGAAAAAACACAGGUUUCGAUCUGAAGGAGGGCGAAUUCGUCGCUCUUGUUUUGCCUUUUCUCGUUCUUGACGAUUUCUUCCAUAUAAGAAACUGAUUUCUGAUGCAAAAUUCUCCCAUGGAAUGAGUGAUCUGUUUCUUGAAUUUCUUGAUCUUCUAAUGGCAUGAAGAGGAGAGAGUCUGGUAAGUUUAAGGACUAAUGGAGACCGGUACAAGUGUUAGUAACAACAGCGGAAGCAUCAGAAACGAUAGCUAUGAAGCAAUCAAGAAUGGAUCAUGGUUUAAUCAGUUCCGCAAUGGCUGCAAUCCAUGGAUGGCUAGAUAUGUAUACGGUCUGAUCUUUCUCAUCGCGAAUCUACUAGCUUGGGCUGCUCGUGAUUAUGGUCGGGGUGCCUUAAGAAAAGUGACAAAAUUCAAGAAUUGUAAAGGCGGAGAAAACUGUUUGGGGACCGACGGUGUCUUAAGAGUUAGCUUGGGAUGUUUUUUGUUCUACUUUGUUAUGUUUCUUUCAACGCUUGGCACGUCGAAAACGCAUUCAUCAAGAGAUAGAUGGCAUUCUGGAUGGUGGUUUGCUAAGCUCAUCAUGUGGCCAGCUUUAACAAUCAUUCCCUUCUUGCUUCCGUCUUCCAUUAUUCACCUUUACGGAGAGAUUGCCCAUUUUGGGGCAGGGGUAUUUCUUCUAAUACAGCUAAUUAGUGUGAUCAGUUUCAUUCAAUGGCUUAACGAAUGCUAUCAGUCCCAAAAAGAUGCAGAAAGAUGCCGUGUCUAUGUGAUGUUACUAGCAACUACUUCAUACACAGUUUGCAUAGUAGGAGUGAUAUUGAUGUACAUUUGGUAUGCGCCGGAUUCGUCAUGCCUUCUCAAUAUAUUCUUCAUAACAUGGACUUUGUUCCUUAUCCAACUCAUGACAAGCAUCGCUCUCCAUCCGAAAGUGAAUGCUGGAUACUUGACUCCAGCUCUUAUGGGACUCUAUGUUGUGUUUAUCUGCUGGUGUGCCAUUCGAAGUGAACCAGUGGGAGAAAGUUGCAAUAGAAAAGCAGCAGCUUCGAACAGAACGGACUGGCUUACCAUCAUUAGCUUUGUGGUUGCGCUACUCGCAAUGGUUAUUGCCACAUUUUCGACAGGAAUAGACUCCCAAUGUUUCCAAUUCAAGAAAGAUGAGAACGACCAAGAAGAAGAAGAGGAAGAUGGUGUUCCUUAUGGAUAUGGAUUCUUCCAUUUUGUGUUUGCCACAGGAGCAAUGUACUUUGCUAUGCUACUCAUCGGUUGGAACACUCAUCACCCCAUGAAAAAGUGGACGAUUGACGUGGGAUGGACGAGUACUUGGGUAAGGGUUGUGAACGAGUGGCUUGCGGUUUGCGUAUACAUUUGGAUGUUGGUGGCUCCUCUCAUACUAAAGAGCAGAAGACAAACAACAAGUGGGACAUGAGAGGAGACGAUGAAGAAGAAGUGUUUGAGAAGAAGCCAUUGAUAGAUUCUUCAGCAGAGAAAUCUGGGAAGGUUAUGAGAUUAAAAGAUGUUGUAGCUGCUGAUCAUCGUCAGACUCUUGCCUUUCAUCUUAAGCCUAAGAUAGUGGAGCUAAAGGUGUCAAUGCAUUGCUACGGAUGUGCGAAGAAAGUCGAGAAGCAUCC